UAAGAAGCGUGACUGGCAUUCAAACUGCCCAAUCAAUAGCUCCCUGGUUCGGAAGCGGUGCCGCCGCAGGCAGGGGUAGCGGAUGAGCUGGCGUAAACAGAGUUAAGGCAAUGACGCAAGCACGAAGCUCUGUAGUGAUUGGCUGACGGCACAGCCGAAGAGCACCUCAACGUGACCCGGUAUCCUGUGGCGCCAAAAUGUCGCUUGCAGCGGGCGUAAUUCGGAGACUGGACGAGACAGUGGUGAACCGCAUCGCGGCAGGGGAAGUCAUCCAGCGGCCGGCUAAUGCCAUUAAGGAGAUGAUUGAGAACUGUUUAGAUGCAAAAUCCACAAGUAUUCAAGUGGUUGUAAAAGAGGGAGGCCUGAAGCUGAUUCAGAUCCAAGACAACGGCACCGGGAUCAGGAAAGAAGAUCUGGAUAUAGUGUGUGAGAGGUUCACUACAAGUAAACUGCAGUGCUUUGAGGAUUUGUCUAGUAUUUCUACCUAUGGCUUUCGGGGUGAGGCUCUGGCCAGCAUAAGCCACGUGGCGCACGUUACUAUUACGACCAAAACGGCUGACGGAAAGUGCGCGUACAGAGCGAGCUACUCCGACGGGAAGCUGAAAGCGCCUCCUAAGCCAUGUGCGGGCAACCAGGGGACCCAGAUCACGGUGGAGGACCUUUUUUACAACAUAUCCACGAGGAGGAAAGCUUUAAAAAAUCCAAGCGAAGAGUAUGGGAAAAUUUUGGAGGUUGUUGGCAGGUACUCGGUACACAAUGCAGGCGUUGGCUUCUCAGUUAAAAAACAAGGGGAGACAGUAGCUGACGUCAGAACGCUGCCCAACGCCACGGCCGUGGACAAUAUUCGCUCCGUCUUUGGAAACGCUGUCAGCCGAGAACUGAUAGAAGUCGGGUGCGAGGACAAGACGCUAGCCUUCAGCAUGAAAGGCUACAUAUCCAACGCAAACUACUCGGUGAAGAAGUGCAUCUUCCUGCUCUUCAUCAACCAUCGUCUGGUAGAGUCAACUGCCUUAAGAAAAGCCAUCGAAACGGUGUAUGCAGCCUAUUUGCCCAAAAACACACACCCAUUCCUGUACCUCAGUUUAGAAAUCAGCCCCCAGAACGUGGAUGUCAAUGUGCACCCCACGAAGCACGAGGUCCACUUCUUGCACGAGGACAGCAUCCUGGAGCGGGUGCAGCAGCACGUUGAGAGCAAGCUCCUGGGCUCCAACUCCUCCAGGAUGUACUUCACCCAGACGUUACUACCAAGCCUUGCGGGCCCCUCUGGGGAGGUGGUGAAACCCACAGCAGGAGGGACUGCCUUGCCGGCCUCUAAAAGCGGCGACAAGGUCUACGGCUACCAGAUGGUCCGCACGGAUUCCCGGGAACAGAAGCUCGAUGCCUUCCUGCAGCCUGUGAGCAAAGCCGGUGAGCCCCAGGCCACCGUCCCAGAGGACGGCGCGGAUGCUUCCAGUGCCAGGGAGAGUGACGACGUGGAGAUGCGGGAGCUCCCGGCUCCUGCUGACGUGGCCGCCGCCAAGGAUCAGCGCGCGGAGGAGGCCGCAGCACAGGGGACUCCAGACACGGUGGAGAAGAGAGGGGCUGCCUCCAGCCUGAGCAACCCCAGAAAGAGACACCGGGAAGGCUCCGAUGAGGAAAUGGUGGAAGACGAGUCCCAGAAGGAAAUGACGGCUGCGUGCACCCCCCGGAGGAGGAUCAUUAACCUCACCAGUGUGCUCAGUCUGCGGGAGGAAAUCAACGAGCGGGGACAUGAGACUCUGCAGGAGAUGCUGCACAACCACUCCUUCGUGGGCUGCGUGAAUCCUCAGUGGGCCUUGGCACAGCAUCAGACCAAGUUAUACCUUCUCAACACCACCAGGCUUAGCGAAGAGCUGUUCUACCAGGUACUCAUAUACGAUUUUGCGAAUUUCGGUGUUCUGAGGUUAUCGGAGCCAGCACCGCUCUUCGACCUCGCCAUGCUUGCUCUGGAUAGUCCCGAGAGCGGCUGGACAGAGGAAGACGGCCCCAAGGAAGGCCUUGCCGAAUACAUUGUUGAGUUUCUGAAAAAGAAGAGCGAGAUGCUCGCAGACUACUUCUCUCUGGAAAUCGACGAGGAAGGGAACCUGGUUGGGUUACCCCUUCUGAUCGACAACUACGUGCCCCCUCUAGAGGGUCUGCCGAUCUUCAUUCUUCGACUAGCCACCGAGGUGAACUGGGACGAAGAAAAGGAGUGUUUUGAAAGCCUCAGUAAAGAAUGCGCUAUGUUUUACUCCGUCCGGAAGCAGUACAUAUCCGAGGAGUCGACCCUCUCGGGCCAGCAGCAGGGUGGAGGGCCCGGCUCCGCCCCACAGCCCUGGAAGUGGACUGUGGAGCACGUCGUCUACAAAGCCUUCCGCUCACACCUCCUGCCUCCCAAACACUUCACGGAAGACGGAACCGUCCUGCAGCUCGCCAACCUGCCCGACCUGUACAAAGUCUUUGAGCGGUGUUAAAGGGCUCACUUGCGGACUCCGGGUGUGCUGUUCCCCCCUUGUAUCCUGCUGCGGUAGGCCUGAAGGCUGAAGACUCACAUUGGCCUUCUAGCUAGUAGCUCCGUUGGCUAUAAUGGUGGAUUGAGGAUAAAUAAAUUGUCAGAUGUGUCUUAACAUGA